UUUCCUUCCAUUGAAAAGCAAAUGCACUCUAAAUAAAUUCUAUAUAAAUUAAACUACAUUAAAUCCAGAGUACCGUUAACCGGAUAACAAGUAAAGUUUACUUUGGAUUUAGUGUAUGUUACUUAAUCUAUGUGGAUUUCAGAGCCAAAUCAAUUUUCAACAUUAUUUUUAAGAGUGAAGUAAGUAUUGCAUGUGCAAAUAAGCCAAAAAAUAAAAUAGGUACUCUUCACGGAAUACGUUGCAGUUUGAUAUUGCCAAUUGAACCACGGAGACGAUAAAAAAUAUAUUCUAUAUUUUUUCACACAUUUCUUCCUUCCUUAACGUAUGUUUGCAUAAUGCCUCACGUCUUAAUUUGUGGAUUACCUGCAUCGGGAAAACGAAGUCUGAAAAAUUUGUUAGAAUGCGUCCCAAAUUCUGCAAUAUCCUGCGAAUUAAUGCCGAUUGGACAACUUAAGCAAACUUUGACCAACCUAGACCCUAUUAUCCCCUCCUGUAUCAUCUACAUACUACGCCGCGGCCGGAUUACUGAUGCCAUGGACCAUUUCGCAGUGUCAGAUAGAAACUACAUAUUCAACACGACCCUUCCCACCAUUCUGUUUAUUAGUCAUUGUGAUUACCCAAGUCAUUACGGAUGGUGGGAAGAAAAUAAGAUUUUCGCCGCAAAAUUCGGCAUUAUCCCAACCAUCCCAGUAAUCCUUGGUUCGCUUCGCAAUCCAGACCAGUGUCGGCAAAUUGAACAAGGCUCCGUGGCCGCGGUACGGGCAGAGACAAAACGAAAAUUAAUUGACGCCAUCCGAACGAAUUCGGGGACGGAAUGGAUUCCUCCAAUGCAAAAUCAUCUAAGGAAUAAGUGGAAAUUUUGGGAAAGUUUAUAUUUACUUUUCAACUCCGGAUAGUAAUAGAGAAACAACGGAGAUUCACAUUAUUUCGGAGAACGAUACUUUUACAAUUGUUGCUUACUUAAACGAUUCCAAAAUUUGAAAAUCAAUCCCUUUCUUUUUCAGGCAAUUCCCAGCAUCAUUUUUAUAUAUUCGUAACCUCCUGCUACACUGGAAAGGGAUUUAUUUUAAUAGGAUAAUACACAACAAAUAUUUGUUACAGAUAUAUCCACUAAUUCCGGAAGUUUUUAUUCAUGUGUGUAAAAUUAUUUUAGCAGAAAACACUUUCAAUUGGUAUAAAUGGUUGAUACACUCUGUAAACGCACGUUACAAUCUUAAAAUCUGUUGAAUUUAAGGAAAUAAUGUACAUAUAAAUAAAUAAAUAUUUGUGAUAAUUCUGA